AUGAUGGAAGAUUUCAACAGUGAGACUGACAGUGACUACACUAGUUACUGGAGAGACUGGUUUGUGUCUUCUCGAGGGAACGAAUACUUCUGUGAAAUUGACGAGGACUACCUGACGGACCGUUUUAACCUCACUGGUCUCAACACCGAAGUUCCAUACUAUCAAUAUGCUCUCGAUCUUGUAACGGACGUUUUUGAUCUCGAUGCUGAUGAUGAGCUACGAGAGCAAAUCGAGAAGUCUGCCCGUCAUCUUUAUGGGCUGGUUCAUGCGCGUUACAUUGUAACUACCCGUGGCCUCGCAAAAAUGCUUGACAAGUACAAGAAGUGUGAUUUUGGAAAAUGCCCACGCGUUCUGUGCGAUGGACACCCACUGCUCCCUAUGGGUCAGUCCGACCUUCCCAGCGUCAGCACCGUCAAGCUUUACUGUCCUAAGUGCGAGGAUAUAUACAACCCCAAAUCUUCACGGCAUGCAUCUAUCGAUGGUGCUUAUUUUGCAACCUCGUUCCACUCCAUUUUGUUCCAAGUUUACCCGGCGUUGAGCCCUGAGAAGAGUCUGCGCCGCUAUGAGCCCCGAAUUUAUGGCUUCAAGGUCCACGCCUCUGCUGCUCUGGCACGCUGGCAAGACGGUCACCGUGAGGAUAUGAAUUAUCGUCUUGCGGAUCACAAUGUACCCCAUAGGUUCGCUGAGGAAAGCGAAAGUGAAGAAGAUUAUGAAGAUGUCCCACCCACCAGGGCCAUCGUGGCCGGGGACGCUGCAUCCGUUCGCAUGGACAUCGGUAAUUAA